GAAAUGAUGUCCGGUUUCCGAUCUUUUACGCUCAGCGGCCACAGUCGAGUAUACAUUUUCAAGACGGUAUACAAGUGGGGAGAAGGUAAACAGAAGAAACAACUAGUACUAGUAACGAUUAGUACCAUUAACAAUUAGGCGUAUCUAGAGUAGAAGAAAGUAAGGACAAACUCAUGAAGAGUAUCCAAUAUGGCCAGUACAUGUACAGAUACUGAACCUAAUACUAAAGAGAACACAAAUGAGGUACCGGCUGCUAAUGAUCAUUCAUGGAAAGAUACUAAUGUUAUGACUGACACAGAAAUGGAAGAUAUUUGUAGUUCAGAUGAUGUUCCUGUUACUGAUGAUGAUUCAGAGGAAGAUAAUGAUAGUUUGACUGAUACAGACACUGUGCCUUCUACUACAGAUAGCACAAAUGAGGUACCUGAAGCAAAUGCUCAUUCAGGGAAAGAUAAAAAUGUUAAUAGCAAUACAGAGAUAGAAAGUUCUUCUGCAAACAUUUGUAUCACAGAUGAGGUGCCUAUUGUUAAUGAUGUAUCAGAGACUGAUCAGAGCAAUGUAUGUUCACAGACAAAUGCAUUGCGUAACAAUAUUCAAGCUCAAAAGGUUGUGAAAUCUGUUAUGGAGACUAGUGAUAUUAAAGAUGGAGGCACACUAGAAAACAUCAAGGAAGAAGAUACUGAGUGUGCAGCAAUGUCAAAUGAACAACAGUGCGAUUAUACAUUAAAAAACAACACUGUCAGUAAGAAAAGGAGGAAGUUGGCAAAUUCUGACAUAAAAAAGCCACACAAGUGUAGAUUCUGUUCAAAAUCAUUCAGAAACACAACAUGUAGAAAGAAUCAUGAGAAUUUGCACACAAAUACCAAACCAUACUCCUGUGAUAUCUGCAACAAAUCAUUUCACCAAUCAGGCAAUCUGACCAGUCAUAUGAAGAAGCAUGGAAAGAGAGACACAGUGAAUUGUCCUGUAUGCAAGAAAACGCUGGCCUCAUCAUCGAAUCUUACCCACCAUUUGAGAGUUCAUACAGGAGAGAGACCAUACAAGUGCAAAGAGUGUGGAAAGACAUUUGUACAAAGUGGAGAUCUAGGUCGCCAUUUGAAGAUACAUACUGGUGAAAAGGAGUAUGAAUGUGAUGUUUGCAACCAGAGAUUUAUCACAUCCAGCCAACUUAACAACCACAGCACCAUCCACACUGGAGAAAAGAAGUAUGAGUGUGCUAUAUGUCGCAAGAGCUUCAGACUUGUAGGCGUUCUACAUACUCACAUGAAGAUGCACUCAGGAGAGAAGAGAUACCAGUGCACGGUUUGUGAGAAGAAGUUCACACAGAAGGCGCACUUGGUUUCUCACAUGUUGGUUCAUACGAAAGAGAAGCCCCACAAAUGUGAUGUCUGUGGCCAGGCAUUUGCGCAUCCAGCUACUCUGAAAGGUCAUCUGGCAACUCAUACGAAAGAAAGGGACUACUCUUGUGAGACAUGUGGAAAAUGUUUUGUAACAAAAUCUGUACUAAACAGCCACAAAAAGACUCAUGAGGAUGUUGGGAAGCCAUUUGUGUGUGAUGUGUGUAGCGCUAGUUUUGCUAGAGCCGCUUACCUUAAGAAACAUAUGACAAUACAUUCUGGGGAGAGAGUCAAACAUGAAUGCAAGCUUUGUAAUGAUUUUUUUACCACUAAGCGUAGUCUCAUGGACCAUCUUAAUUUACACCUUGGAUUUCGACCUCACCAAUGCAACCUGUGUGAAAAAAAGUUCACCACGAAAACCUCACUGACAACGCAUCUGAAGACGCAUAAUAAUGUAAAAAAACAUGACUGUUUGAUUUGUAAAAGGAAGUUUGCAAAUGCUGCUGGCCUUGAGAAGCAUAUGGAAGUGCAUAGUAAGGAUGAAAGAUCAGUUUUAACCAACAUGCAAACUUAAAUGGUCCACAGUAGGGCCACUCCAAAUAUAAUCCAUGCUCAGUGUCAUCUUCAUAUAUAUUAGCCGCAUCACACAAUUUUGGGCUUUAAACAUAUUUUUUACAAAUAAAAUAAUCAGAAAUUAAACUUUGCACAUCAUUUCUAAAAUGCACUUAAUUACGUCAGGUAUGUGACAUCAAAUUUAGUAUUCAAAAUGGGCAAAACAUGGUCCCACUUAUAAACAUGUAUUUUAGGCAACACAUUUGAUAUCAUCGUGAAUUUUCAGUAUUACUUUCUAAAAUGUCAUUUCAUCAUAUUUACACAAUAAAAUGACACAAUAAAAUUAUUAUUUAAGCAAAUUUAUCUUUUAAGGCCAAAAAUCUUGCAAUGCGCCUCGUACGUUAAUAAUGUAUUGCUACCUAUGAGGCAUAAAAUAAUUGACAAAUGUCGAGAAAAAAACAAAUGCUUUCCUAAAUGUUUAGAGCUGGGCUAUUCCACAAUGACAAAACUUAAAGGCCUAGUUUAAGGAAUGUUUGGCAUGAUAAUCCCCUGCUGUGCAUCUUCUGCUAAUUGCACUGGUGUCACAGUAGGGGCCGAUUUCCUGUGUAUUCGUUUAUUGGCGCAGGGCCAUUUAGGGUCCAUUUCUAUAAUAAAACCUCCCAAACUGCACAGCAGGGUACUCCGAUCGGAGAUCUGAUAAGAGGGGUCAAUGCAAGUAGACACAGAGGUUGUGUACUGUACACAGAUUUUUUUGAUUUUUUUUGGGGGUGGGGGGGCUCUUCUAGAAGGCUUAAACUAGGCCUUUAAGUGUUACAGUUCCAUAAAUCACUAUCAAUGCCAAACAUGCUUGUGGUUCAUAAUGUACUUCUAAACUUUUUUUCAAUCAUUAUUAUACAAGACUUAUAAUUUCGGUUUGUUUUGUAUUUUUUCUAUUGACCAAAAUGUUUUUAAAAUCUUUGGUUUGGAAUGUCAAAGGUAUGCCAGCUAGAUGAUGUUUAACAUAGAGGCAAAUUCUAUUAAAAAUGAUGCAUAAUAAUUAGGGAUGGAAGCGAAAUAUCCGAGUAUCCGGAUAUCCGCACAUUAUUAAUAAUGCAUAAUCAAAUUGUGUUUAUCAGAGUUCUGCCAUAACCAACAUAGAACCACUGGUGACACUGUUUCUGUUUAUUAAUUGAUGAUAUACAUAUAUCGGGUACAUAAUAAUUAUACAUAUAUAUAUAAGCAAAUUAUAAUAACAAGACAUCGGGUCUAAACUAACAGGUAAACAUAUGUGGGUACAGAGAAGUGCUUAAAGCUGCACUUUCAAAGAUAUAUCAUUUUGACACCUUUUUUUAGUCUUUGUCUUUGAAAGAGCCAAUUUUUGCGUAAAUUUUUGGAAACCAGUGAUUUAAGACUGCUGAAAAAUAUCAGUUCUCAGUUUAUCAUAUUUACUUUCGAAUAUUGAUGUUUUAUGGUUUAAAGCAUUCCUAACGCUUUAAGAAAAUAUAAAUUUUGGGCAGUUUUCCAGACAAUUGAGAUGUGUUCUAUUGUAAGUGAAUUAAAGGCAUUGAUGCCAAAAGCAGUUGAUGCUAGGCCAACGUUUUAGAAAGUGUCAAAACUGACCAUCUGUUGUGCAACUUUAACUGUUGAACAUAAAAAACAGUAUAAACAAUUAGUGAAGAUGAGUGGUCAGCUCUGAUGAAAAUGUAAACCUUGGUAGCACAAAUUUACCAUUUUAACUCUUAAUGAGAAAACAAUAUUAAAACACAACUAGGAUUUUAAAUAGGUUUUAAAAAGGGUAAGGUGCUGCAGAAAAAUGACGGUCACCGUGCUGAGGGAUAGAAGGACACAUUGUUUUGGGUUGUUAAGAACUUAACAUAUUAAAAAAUUGACAAAAAAUGUUAGUAAAGUUGAAUUUGAAGUAGGUUCGAGUUUCACCUGCCAAAUAUAGUAUUUAUUAUCAUGUAAUAAGCUUUUAAACAAAACAGAGGUAUUAUUUGAUUGUCUAAAGCAUUUAAUUCUAAGAAGGUUGAUUGAUGCGCAUGCUUGUCUCCAUAGGGCAGAGGGGUGUUAUCAAAAAAGGACCGGUUGCAGCGCGCCCCCUUAACUCAUUAGCUAAAACCGUAUGUUAGGGCUAGUAAUAGUCCUAAAGGUCAACUUUAAAAUAAGAAAUGACCGAAGGGGUACUCUGGUACUCAGUUCUUUGUGUUGUAAAAGUAUAUUUUUUAUGUUGUAUAUGAAGAAUGCCAAGUAUGAAGGAAGUUUUUAACAUUUCAGUGUCACAAUCUUGAUGACUUUAUUUGCUGAAUUAUACUUUUGGAAAGAAAUAUGUCUUAUGUUAUUGUUCAAUAUUAAUGAUUUUUAUUGUCAAUGCUUUGGUGUUAAAUGAUGGAUGCAGAAUUAUCAUGUCCAGUGCUUUUUAGCUCUACUAUUCGCAGAAUAAGGAGGCUUUACUGCUUGCCUUGGCGUCUGCAGCCGGUUUUUGGACAAGUUGGCAUUUUCACUUAUACCUCUAAUACCCUUCUUUCAAUUCACUGAAUACUUCAUAUAGUUGUCCAGGACCCUCACACAAUGAGGUUAAAAAACUUCGUAGUAUUCUGAAAACAAAUUAUGGCCCCUGUAUACUUACAAACUUAGGUGUAAGUGUAGGGCUCAUUUUGUCAGGUUAAGGUGUAAGUUUAGGGCUCAUUUUGUCAGGUUAAAGUUUUAGGGCAAGUUGGGAUAUUUACUUAUAACUUCUAUACCCCUUCAUUCAAUUCACUUAAGGUUUUAACUCAGAUCUCAUGUUCAUUCAAUGGCCAUCAUACUUGAAACAGUAGCCAAUGCACAAAUUAGGUUACAUAACUCCUUAUUAACCCUAAAUACAAAUUAAUGCCCUUGAUUAAUUUUCUUUUUGUUACUUUUUUGUUUUUAUUGCUUUUGACAGGCUUAAGUUAAUGUUUUUAGCCUGGUUUUUACAAAGUGAAAUUGAAGGUUAUAAGAAUGAAGUACAAUGUUGUUUGGGCAAGCUGGCGGAAGGGCGGUAUCACCUAUGGUAUCAAGUAACUUUAGUUAAGUUUGACAUAUAGUGACCAAACUUGGUAUAGGGGAAGAGUUUAUCAAGACCUUUCACAGUUUGCUUUUGGGACCCCAUGGGUCAAGGUCACUGUUUCUAAAAAUGGA